AACAGCUGACUGAGCAGGAAACAACAACAGAGACCGACAGAGGCCAACAGAGGCCGGACCGAAAGAGGGAACUGAACCCAGGAAAGUCCCAGUCACUUCUCCACUCGGUCCCCCACUCACUUCUCAUCAGGACGAGGAACGGCAGCGACCAUCACAAGCCCUCCCCCCUCAUCACAACAACAGGCUCAGCCAGAUCUCUCAGGUCUCUGAGAGGGUGAGAGGGUGAGAGCCGACCUCCCUCCCCAGGAACCAUGCCUCUCCUCUGGGCUCUGCUCUGGUCUCUGCAGCCUCGUCUGGUUCUCAGCGUCUCUGAUCCUCAUCUCUGCACCUUCAGCUCACACAGCGUGUCCCCGUCUCUGGAUUCCCUGCACUGCUACAACGACUACGCGUCCCACGUCAGCUGCCGGUGGAGGACACUCAGAAACUCCUCAGCUCAACUGUGGCUGGACGUGAUUGAUGGCAGGAUGCAGUGUGUCCCUGAUCAUCCUGUAGACGCUGAAUUGUCCAGCUGCAGAUUGGACACUAAGAAUUUUGCCAUCGGGAACAAGCACAUUGCGUUCUUCCUGGACAACAAGACGCUGGAUGUCUGCUCAUCCCAACCCAAGUCUCUGGUUCUGUCUCAGCUCUUGAGACCCCGUCCUCCCGUCCAACUGACCACGUGGACAGCAGAUGAUGGAGGCCAGUGGCUGCAGUGGUCCAGCCCGUACCCCCCGUCUUCGUCCCUGAACAGAGUGCUGUCCUACCAGCUCAGCUACAGGAUGCUGCAUCAGGACGAAUGGACGACUCACAACGUCUCUGACACCAGAGUGAAGCUGGACAGCCGGCGGCUGCUUCCAGGACACAGGUUCACGGCCCGGGUCAGGACCAGGGCCGACGUGGGACAGUGGAGCAUCUGGAGUCACCCAGUGACCUGGACCAGUGGAAGAGACGUGGACCAGGUCCCGUCGGUGGACUGUGAGCUGGCUGGAGACGGGGAGGUGAUGUGCAGCUGGGACCUGAGCAGAGAGAGGGCUCACUACAUUUCCUUCACGCUGAUGUGCAGAACCAACGCCACAGCAGCGUCCAAGCCGUGCUGCAUGAAACCGAGAACACGUCCUGACUCCAGCGGGACGAUGCUGAGGUUCAGCUGCUCCCUCAAUGUCUCAGAACCAGAACACGUUCUGCUGGACCUGAAGCCGACGCUCCAAACCAAGACCUUUGACCCCAGCAAGAACAUCCGUCCCCCUCCUCCCCACCAGGUAAAUGUGAGUGAGAAAGGGGAUGACGUCUGGUUGGUGGAGUGGUCCGAACCCAGGACUUCAACAUUCAGAUUGUCUUACCAGGUCUGUUACUACAGAACACAGGAGCAGGGGUCUCUGGUGCUGCUGAACAUCUCUGAGGGCUCCACGUCUCUGACCAUCCAGGGACGGUCUCUGGUCCCGUCUCAAGUCCACCAGGUCAGGGUCCGGUCUCUGGUGGUCUCAACUGGCCGUGGUUUCAAGUAUGAAUGUGUCCCCUCAGAGUGGACUGACCCUGUGGAAUGGACCUCUAACAGAGCACCCUCGGUUCUCCUCUACGUCUUCACCGCCAUCAUCGUGGCCUCGGUCUUCCUCACCCUCUACUGCACCAUCCCAGCAUGUCAGAGGAAGGUGGUUCUGUGGGUGGACUCGGUUCCUUCUCCAGGAAAAAGUAAAAUCCUCUCUGAGAUCCGGUCGUCCAGCAGCAAGACACUCAUCCACACUGAGGACAUGUCCAUCUGUAAAGUGCAGGAGCUGGACAACAUGUCCACAUGCUCCUCAGAAGCCUUGCUGUGGUCCAACAGGGACCCAGAGAGGACGAGGACGAGCGUGGACCAGGACGAAGGCUGCUGGAGCUGUGAAAACCUGCCGUCUCCUGCAGAGAAGGUCAGCGGCUCGGACACGUCGUCCAUGAGCUUCAGUGGACCAUACAUCUUCUGUCAGUCUGCAGAGACGUCCUCAGGCUCCGCAGAGGAGACAAGGACACAGGAUAGAGACGGGGGUGAUGUCCCACUGAACCUGGUUCUGUUUGGUGAAGGCUACGUCUGUCUGCCCAGCCUCACCACCACCAGGUCCACUCAGGACCUCACAUGUCACGGUCAAGACCACUCGACCCGGCUGGACCCCAAGCCAGACCCCCAGCUGGAACCUGAACGGGACCCUGAGCCGGACCGCGACCAACCCCCAGACUACUACUCAGGACCUUUCCCCUCCUGGCCUCCAGGGGGAAGCAUUCAGGCUUCAGGGUACUGCCAGCUCCCUGCAGCCUUCAUGAGAGCAGCCCCCUGAGCCCAGACCUGGUUCCUCCUCCUGGUUCCUCCCCCUGAGCCCAGACCUGGUUCCUCCUCCUGGUUCUUCCCCCUGAGCCCAGACCUGGUUCCUCCUCCUGAGCCCAGACCUGGUUCCUCCUCCUGGUUCCUCCCCCUGAGCCCAGACCUGGUUCCUCCUCCUGGUUCCUCCUCCUGAGCCCAGACCUGGUUCCUCCUCCUGGUUCCUCCUCCUGACCACAAACUCUGAAGAAUUGUGUCGAAAUCUGCUUCUCUCAUGACUUCCUCAUGUUCCUACAUCAUCACUGACUCAACGAUCAGUAUCUUUCAGAGGAAACAUUUGUCUGACGCACUCAUUAUGAGACCUGGCUGAAGUGUAGAUAUAUAGAUAUACAGAUAUAGAUAUACAGAUAUAGAUAUACAGAUAUAGAUAUACAGAUAUAGAUGCACUACCUGGCCAAAAGAAAAGUCACCAACAAUGUGUGGUUUUCUGUUCAGUCCCAGUCCUUUGAGUUCCCUUCACAUUGUCCAUGGUGUGAAAUGUUUUCCUUCCACUAUUAAACACAGCCCUGAGUUCUACUGCUGCUUUUCUUCCAAACGUUUCU